AUGAGUAGAGCGGUGGCAUUACGACAGAAUGAGACGAAAUCAAAAAAAAAGAAAUCUGUCAAACACAACACAGGGGAAGCUGCCGCCGUUGGGGGAAUGGCGUUCCAGAUGACCUUUGUGUACUUCGUGAUUGUUGCUGGCGAGGUCCAAGACGAGGUGCUGGGUCAAGCGAUGGCCGUUUCUUUCAGCUACCUGCACCAGCAAUUUCCAGUACCUCUGUCCCACGUCAUAGGUUUCUGGUGCUUUACGAUCAAAGAGAUGAGCAAUUCCGGACACGGCCGUCUCACCCAUAUCAAGCCACGGGCAGAGGCACAGAAACAGAGAUUUUCCCAUCCCGGGCAGUUUUCGCUUGCCUUUCCUUUGCCCUCGGAAGUGUGGCUCGCACUUCUGUUGCGGGUGCCGUCUCUGGCGGAGGACUUGGCGGAGGAGAGUGACUGCCCUCACGGCGAGAAUGUGGCGUCGGUUGAUGUGGAUCGACGCGGUGGGCUGGGAUGGGAGAACCCGUACACGCCUGAUCUUGGGGCGAUGAGAUUCGCUGCCCUGAUUAUAAGAUACAGACGACGCUUUGUGUUUAUCUCUAAUGCUAGGAAAAAGUCGACGAGAAAAGACAUGAAGUUGCCUGACUCGAAAAAUGAGAUAACCCAGGUGCCCCCCUCCUGUGAAGAAACAAGAAGAUACGUUGGUAAGAUGGCUCACCAAGGACUUCCAUCGUCGACGAGAGAGAAACGAGACAAGGACUUGAAACACUAUGAGAAGACUGUCUAUCCGAUCGACCUUGUUUCCACUACUAAAAUUGCACUCAUCAUCGACACUAGACGACACUCUCGGUCUACUCCUCGUGUAGAUCUCAAUGGUCUGGCUCUUGCCGACUCGGAGAACAAUUUGGACGACGAGCAAUGCGAGGAAACCGAGGAACAGAAGGAACUACACAACCUUGCUGAGUAUGAAGAAUUGACGAAUGGAUGGUGA